CAUGUUGACAGUUUAAUUGUUGGCGUGGGUCAGUCCGGUUCUAUUGUAUUUUGCAGAUUUUGUUUUAGCACCGAAAAUGGUAGAGAAUAACGAAAUGGAAUUAUCUGAGGCAGAAGCGGAACAGUACGAUCGCCAAAUCCGCCUUUGGGGAUUAGAAUCUCAAAAACGGCUACGAGCCUCCAAAGUUCUUAUUAUUGGCCUGUCCGGUCUCGGAGCCGAGAUCGCUAAAAACAUAAUUCUUUCGGGUGUUAAAAGCGUAUGUCUGCUUGAUAAUGAAAAAUUAAGAGAAACCGACCAAUACUCUCAGUUUUUGGCGCCGCCGGAUAAACUUGGUGAAAACAGAGCGGAGGCGUCUUUACAGCGAGCUAGAGCGUUGAACCCAAUGGUUGAAGUAACCUCGGAAACGAAAGGAGUCGAUGAUCUACCUGACAACUUUUUCACAGAAUUUGACAUUGUAUGUGCGACGGGCUUGAAACAAGAGCAACUUGAACGUAUCAACAACGCGUGUAGAGAUGCUAACAAGAAAUUCCUUUGCGGUGACGUAUGGGGCAUGUUUGGCUACAUGUUCACAGAUUUGAUUGACCACGAGUACUCUGAAGAGAUAGUGCAACACAAGGCCGUGAAACGCGGCCCUGAGGACGACGAAAAGUCAGCACGCGAAACAGUAACCAUAACUGUUAAGCGACGCGCUAUAUACGUUCCCUUACAAAAUGCGUUAUCUGCUGACUGGUCUAAACCUGAACUACGAUCUAGAUUGCGACGCGGCGACCCUUCCUACUUCGCAAUGAAGAUCCUUUUACGUUUCCGUGAUGAAUACAACCGCAACCCAGAUCCCGCAAAACGUAAGGCAGAUACUGAAGUAAUAUUCCGCAUGAGAGAUGAGCUGGUCAAAGAAUUGAAUCUUCCCAUUGGUUUUGUCAGUGACGCUUUAUUGACUGAUGUUUUUGGUAUUGUAUCUGGUGCUGCAGCUGUGUUAGGCGGUGUAAUUGGUCAAGAAAUCGUAAAAGCUGUCAGCCAAAGGGAACCUCCUCAUAAUAACAUGUUUUUCUUCAAUCCAGUAAAGUGUGUUGGCUUUGUUGAGCUGUAUGGUCAAUAAAUUACCCAUUAAGAUAAGUAACUAUUAAAUUAUUUUAAGACGCUAA